UACAUACAUACAUACAUACACACACACACACACACACACACACACGGACACACACUCAUCUGGACCACAUUAGAAACUGCCUCUCAGAUAACAUGUCCGCGGGUGUUUGUGCCUUCAUCCUGACGCUGUCAGCUCUGUGCGGAUCCACAGGAACACCACACUGACACUGGGAUUCAGCAGAUGUUGGAAGCCUUCCUCUGAGCUUCUGCUCCAUGUUGACAUGAUUCAUCACAUCAUUCAAGCUGCCAAUCUCCUGUUCUACCACAUCCCAAAGGUGUUCUACUGGAUCCAGGUCUGGAGACUGGGAGAGGUUAAUUGAAGUGGUAUCAGGAAACGUCAGCAGACCCACAAAUGUCCACUUGACCUCCUACAACAUGAAUCUGGUGCUGAGGUGGAAUUCACCCAAAGGGGCAGACAGCAAUCUGGUCUACACAACUCAGUACAAAACGUCAGUCACAAAUUACAUUGAAGGCUGUGUGAACAUCUCCACCCUCGAAUGUGACUUCACUCGCCUUAGCACCUCCGUCCAUCCGUCCAUCAUUGAGUAUGGAAAGUAUACUGGCAGGGUGCGGGCACAGCUGGGGUCAGAGAGUUCCGACUGGGUGGAAAGUGACCACAUUACCUUGGACAAAGAUACCAUCAUUGGUUCACCCAAUAUCUCUCUCAUCUCUGCUGGGGCUACCAUUGAAGUCAGCAUUACAGAUCCAGUGUUCGCAGUCUCAGCGCUCAGGAAUGUUUACAUCUUUGCCAGUUACAACAUCACCUACUGGAAGGACAGCCAGAAGGAAAAGGCCAAAUACAUCAGCAAUAUACAGCAAAACCGGGUAGUUCUGCAUGACCUAGACCCGUGGACCAAAUACUGCGCCCAAGUCCAGAUCAACACAGAGACAAAUCCCAACCCCAGCAAGCCCAGCAGAACUGUCUGUGAGAUCACCACCAGCGAAGAACCAUCUCCGUGGGUGGCAGCUUUGGUGACAUUUGUCUUCAUGGCGAUGGCAGUAGCUCUGGUGGUGGUCGCGGUGGUGUAUCGGAAAAGUAUAUUCCACUUUCUGUGUCCAAAAGAUGCACUGCCUCAGCACUUCAAAGAGUACCUGUUGGCGCCCCCCAACUCCACCAUCUACCUGGCUAUGCGGAACUCUCACCCACCUGAAGAGAUCUACCACCAGGUCAGUAUCAUUGCAGACAACACGACUGUGGAGGAAGGAGGCCCUCUGGAGGCAGCAAAGACUACCUGCAGCAAACAGCGUGAAAUCACAGCGGGGGAGAGAUAGGAGGAGGAAGUUAUCAGCAGGGAUGAUUUUAAAGACACUGAGAGACAGUGAAAUACUGCAAUGGUGCUACAAGAUGCCCAUCCACCGUUCUGUAUAUGAUUAUACAUUGUACAAUAUGGACUUAAAAACUGCACAUUUUGUGAAGUAUACACAGUUUUAAUUGCUUCAUUCCAGCAAUAUGAAGGUUUUCCUCAUGAAGAUAAACUGAGAAUGGGGUGGUGAUAGUUCAGUGAAGUUAGAACUGAAAGUGUGUUUGUGAUAGUCUCUUGCUCAAAGGUCUCAACAUGAAUGUUGUCCUCAUAACUCAUAACUUAAAUAAAGUUAUUAUAUGAAAAUG